UGAAGACAGGGGGGGUUCGCAGCCACCAAAACCCCGAUGAGGCUUUGGGAGCAACCUGGACCACGGGGACCCCGCGGCGGUGACUCAGGGAUGCAGGGGGUUGUGAAACAAGCCUGGGAUAGUUUGGGAGACGCCUCCAACGCAGCCGCCCCGGGGAGCCCGUCAAGAGAACAAGCCACGGCAGCGUCUGGGCUUUGACCCGUCAGGCAGGUUUCCCGGAGCAGCACACCGAGCCGGAGCGGGUAUCCGGGGCCGGGAAUGCCCUUCUGCCCGCUCGCAGGCUGACGGAGCCCCUCCGGCUCUCUCCUCGCCAUGCGCGCAGCCGGGUUGCUGCUGGCUUGGGCACUGCUGCGUCCUGCUGGUACCCAGCAAUGCCACAACGCCGGCCCCGGCGGUGUCCUCCGCUUCACUGAUACCCACGCUGAGAUUCGGGUGCCGGCGCUGCACCGGGUGCCCAGCUCGCUCGAUCCCCUCUACGGCCUCGUGCGGCGCUGCCUGGACCUCAUCCAGCAGAACCCGCUGCCCACAGAGCUGCUCAGGGCAGCCCUGAACAACCCCAGUUCGGUGCAGACAUCGCAGGUGGUGCAGUAUGAACUGGGCUACGUUGUCUGCGCUGCGGUGGCUCUGCUCUUCACCGUGGCCGUGCCGAUGGCCGGGAUGUGCUUCUGCUACUGCCGGAGCCGGCGACGGUGCGGGGGCCGCCUGCGUGCCCAUCGGCGCUCCCUGGGCUGCCGCCGGCACUGCCUGCUGGGCUGCCUGUCCCUCACCUCCCUCAUCAUCCUGGCCAGCGUCAUCUGUGCCUUUGUCACCAGCCAGAGGGUGAAGGUGCAGAUGGAGCCGGGACUUGGGGCUGUGCCAAGCACCCUGCGCACGCUGCGGCAGCACAUCGCCAAGGUCCCCCAGGGGGUGCAGAUGGUGGUGGAUCAGUUCGAGGUGCCCCGACAGCAGAUAACCUCCGACCUGGGCGGGCUCAGCCGGAGCGUGGGGCUCUCCAUCCACACGCAACUGAAGGCGAUGACCUACGCGGCGCUGGCAGAGCUGCAGGACAGGGCUGGAGACCUACAGACCUCGCUGCACCAUUUACAGAUCCUGGAGCAGACGGCGCGGGCGCUGGCGGUGGCGCGGGAUGAGCUGGACCCGGUGCUGCGGGAGCGGCGGCGCCGCGUGGUAGCGUUGUUGGAUGACCCGCGCUGCACCUCCUGCGCCAGCGUCCUGGGCAGGGCACAGAGCCUGGAGCUGGGCGCUGACUAUGGCAAGGUGCCGUCGGUGGAGAAGGUUCUGAAGGCGCUGGCUGGGCUGCCCCGAAGUGACUUUGCGGAGAUGAUUCGCCAGGGCAACGGCACCUUCAACUCCAUCCCCGAGCUGGCUGUGGAGCGCAUGGCGCAGGUCAUCCAAGAUCUGCGGGAUGAGAUGGCCCGCACGACAGAGAAGGUCCAGUCCAUCGCUGACAGCUUCCCCCUCCAUGACUACACCCGGCCCGUGAGCGAAGCGCUGAUGAAGGCAGAGGACCGGAGCCAGCCGUACCUCCGGGAGGUGCAGCCCCCACAUCUCGAGGCUGCUCUGUCCUGCAGGUGGAUCGCGGGCACGGUGCUGUGCUCCAUCAUCCUCCUCAUCCUCGCCUGCAACGUGGCGGGGAUGGCACUGGGUGCGUACGGGCUCUCCAAGCGGGAGGACCCGAGCGACUACGAGUGCCGAGGAGAAGCUGGGGGGGGGGGGGGGGGGCUGUUGGCAUCUUGGCAUCUCACCCCCUUAAAAUACAGAGAGGGCAAAGCCAAGGGAGGGACAGGCUGUGCCGAAAGGCGUUUGAAGCCACCGCCUGUGCCGGCAGGUUUGGGAGCAGCGGCUCCUCCCUGGGAUCUGGCAGCUCCCGCGCCCCGUUCCCGCUGCCCGGCACACCCCUUCCCGAGCAACCCGGCGUGCCCGGGCGCGGGAAGGAGCCGUGGGGCUUCCGGCAGGUCCCCACAAGCCUUUCUGCCCUCUUGGGUCUGUAAAGCAGCCGCUGGCGCCUCCUCUCCCUCUUUCAGCGGCGUGGGCCUGGCUUUCCUGUUCUCCUGGCUCCUCGUCCUCCUGGUUUUCGCCACCUUCCUGGUCGGGGGCAACAUUCAGACGCUGGUUUGCAGGAACUGGGUCAACCAGGAGAUUUAUAAGUUCAUCGACACCCCUGGGAACCUGCCUCCAUCCAUGAACCUCACCCGCCAGCUCAACCUCAGGCGGGACUCCAACCUCAGCACCACGUACCGGGAGUGCAAGAGCGGUGCAGGGCUGUGGGAGGUGCUGCAGCUCGACAGGGCUUACGACUUGGAUGAGCACCUAAAAACCCCCAAGUACACGGCUGACUUCCAGAAGCGCCUGGCUGACUUCACAGCGCGCUUGGGUGAUGUGCGGCUCCUCCGCAGCGAGGGCAGGCAGGACCUGGAGACCUUCGCCCGCAGCGGUGUGGAUGAGGUGGACUACGGGCGCUUCCAGGAGGAGAUGAGGAAGCCGGUGGUGCAGACCAGCCUCCCCGGCUUGGCGAGGAGCCUCGAGGGGCUGCAGAAGAUGCAGAGGAACAGCACGGUGGCGGGGCGCCUGGCUGCCGAGGCUCGGGCCCUAUGGCAGAUGCAGAACUCCACGGUGCAAUCACAGGAAGCCUUGGUGGAGAAGCUGGGAGAGAGCGUCCAGUUCCUGUCCCGCUUGGCUCCGCACCUCCAGGAGCGGGUGAGGACGACAUUGGCCACCAUAGCCUCGGUGGAAGCCCGGCUGCCUGUGCAAGCCCAGCAGAUCCUCCGGCAGGAGAUCGGCUGCUUCACCAGGAGGGAGCUGCGGUACUUCACCCAGUACCUGAACUGGGUCGGGCAGACGCUGAGGGAGGAUGUGGCUUCGUGUCAGCCGCUCGCCACGGCGCUGGACAACGGGCGGGUGAUCCUGUGCGACCGCAUCGCUGACCCCUGGAACGCUUUCUGGUUCAGCCUGGGAUGCUGCACCUUCUUCCUCAUCCCCAACAUCAUCUUCGCCAUCAGGCUCACCAAACACUUCCGACCCAUCCGCAACCGGCUCAUCUCUACAGGGUCAGAGGAGACCUGUCCCUUCCACAUCCCCCGUGUCACAGCGCUCAAGCUCUAGCCGGGGGCCUGCCGGGUGCAGCAGCAUUCCCUGUGCUCCUGGAGCUCCCAUCAAACCCGUGCCCAAGCACUGCAGAGCUCCAGGUCCCUCCGACGUCUCACAGGGCUUGGGUCCACUCUGACGUCUCUUCCUCGGUGUCCUUUGGGGUCUGAGCAUCCUUCCCGGGUGCGGGACACUCAUCUCCAUGCUCUGGGGUCUCCUUCAGAUGUCUCCCCCUCGGCCACCUUCGGGGUCUGAGCACCCAUCAGGGAUGCUCCCAGAUGAUCCAGGAAGGCCCCCCACAGCUCCCAGUAACCACUGGUGUACCCCUAGCAGACCCAUGGGUAGGACACCCGCCCGCUGCCCCACACUGGCACAUUAAAGUCCUUACCAGUCAAACCCACUUCUGACUCUUUGUGUCGUGGCCACUAUCUCCUCCUGUUCCCAUUGGGAACCAUUCAGGCCUUGGAGGUGGGGGUGACAGCAGGGUGCUGUCAAUUAGUGCUUAAUUAGAGGUGGGGUCAAACCUGCUGAUUAAGGUGUGUGUGGGGGGGUACACUGAAGGUAGUUUAUGGCUCUGCCCCCCUCCCAGGGAAGCCCAGUGGGCUGUGACAGGAUAAGGUUCAGAGAUGCUGGUGAUAAGAUGCCUUUUGGAAAACCAAGCUUGAAGAGAUGCACAACCAGACUAUAACCACUAAUAGCUACUGUGAGUUAGUCAUUGAGUGAACAGAAGCUCUUACCCAAUGGGCAUCCCUAUGGGGGAGAAGACAGGUUCAGCCCAUUGACUGAUCCCAGAUGGAGUCUUCCCUAUCUGCUCCCCUCUUUCAUUCCCUUUAUAGAAUCCCAGACUGGUUUGUGUUGGAAGGGAGCUUAAAGUUCCUCCAGCUCCAACUCCUGCCACGGGC